AUGGCUGGCGGUGACUCCUCGGAAGAUGCGCGACAACUCGCAGCCCUGGGACAUGCCCAGGAAUUGAAUCGAACAUUCUCCCCACUGGCUAUGCUCGGCUUAGCAUUCGCCAUUUUGAACUCAUGGACUGCUUUGGCGACAUCGUUAGGCCUAGCUUUGUCUAGUGGAGGUCCUACUUCUGUCCUUUGGGGACUCAUCACAGCAGGCAUUUGCAACCUAUGUCUUGCAGCAAGUCUAGCAGAGUUUCUCAGUGCCUACCCCUCGGCAGGAGGCCAGUAUCACUGGGCUGCUAUGCUCUGUCCCAACAGUCGCAUGAUCUCAUGGAUCACUGGAUGGAUCAAUGUCGGUGGUUGGAUGGCCCUUACCGCUACUGGUGGAUUGCUCGGAUCGCAACUUAUCCUGGGCAUCAUUUCGUUGAUGGACUCCUCCUACAAGCCUAAGAGUUGGCAGCAGUUCUUGAUCUACAUUGGAUACAACAUUUUUGCAUUCUUGUUGAAUGCUUUCGCCAACCGUAUCAUCCCUCACAUUGACAGAGGUGCUAUUAUCUGGUCCAUUACUGGAUUCGUUGUUGUGUCCAUCACCGUCCUAGCAUGCGCUUCCCCACACUACAGUUCUGCCGACUUUGUCUUUGGCGACUUCAUCAACACAACAGGCUGGCCUGAUGGCCUUGCAUGGUUGUUGGGCUUGCUCCAGGGUGGAUUUGGUCUUACUGGCUUUGACGCUGUCGCACACAUGAUCGAAGAAAUCCCCAACCCGAGAAAGACUGGUCCUUUUGUCAUGAUCACCUGCGUCGCCAUUGGUACUUUCACUGGAUUCAUCUUCUUGGUGUGUCUUCUUUUCGUCGCUGGAGACAUCAACCAAGUCAUCGAUUCCGGCGCUGGACCUCUCCUUCAGAUUUUAUAUAAUGCUACGAACUCGCAUGCCGGAGCUAUCUGCCUGCUCAUGUUCCCUUUGGUCUGCACUGUCUUUGCAACCAUCGCCAUCAUGACCACCAGCUCUCGUAUGGCCUGGGCCUUUGCCAGAGACAGAGGACUUCCAUUCUCCAAGUUCUUCAGCAAGGUCCAGCCAGGACUCGAUGUGCCAGUCAAUGCACUCGCUCUUACCUUGGGCCUGGUCAUUAUUUUUGGAUGCAUCUUCCUUGGUAGCUCCAGCGCAUUCAACGCCAUCACCAGUGCCUCGGUCGUCGCUCUCAGUAUCACCUACGCCAUCCCCAUUGCCCUCAACGUUCUCCAAGGACGCAAAGGACUCCCCGCUGACCGUCCUUUCAUCCUGCCUAAUUGGUUUGGCUGGUUCGCCAACCUGCUUGGUAUUGCCUACGUCACCCUCACCUCGGUGUUGUUCCUUUUCCCUCCCGAGCUGCCCGUCGAUGCCAACAACAUGAACUACUGUGUAGUGGCAUUUGGAAUCUGGCUGUUUAUCUCGCUGUUGACGUACAUCUUUGACGGCAGAAAGAAUUACACUGGCCCCAAGGUGGAUAUUGUUGAUGAGAAUGUGCUUACAGCUUCUCCAUCGCCUGAAAUGACGAGGACGAACAACGAGAUGGAUUAUUCGGAAAAGGGCAAGGAGUCGGGAUUUUAG